AUGGAGGCCGAUACGCCGGUUUUGACACCGAAUGGCAUGCCGGGGAAGAUGGAACGACCCAAAGCCCAAGCACGCAGAAGGGGUCCAUUCAUCUUCGAGGACAGCACCCCGCGCAGCGAAUUCGAGGAAUUUGAGGUAAUCACGGCGACCGAAGCCCGAUUUCUGAAUGUCUCGAGUAAGAUCGAGGCCUUCCGCAUCCCGCUCCAGCCUCACAGGCCGCUCGGAAGCCCCAACGCUACAUCUCUAUCCUCCUCGUCAUCUUCGAUCCUCAUCUCUGCCGACGAGCUGACAUCCGAUCUCAAUGGAGCGACGAAGCUUGUCGAAAUGAAAUGCUUCAUCUGCGGCGCCUCUCUGCAGCUGCCCUCGUACGCGGCGUUGCAGAAGAAGUGUCAUCUCAAAUGCUCGAAUUGCGAAACUGGCGAAACCCAUGCCAAGAACUGGAUGGACAUCAUCUUGACGGCACUCUACAACUUGGAGAUUCUCCACCAGCGGCAGUACUUUCACUGCAAGUCAGAGAUCUGCGCCUUCAUCGACCACCACUGGUCCUCAAUCUGUCCCGAGCGCGCCCGCACGCCGACUUGGGGCAACACAGUCAUGUCCCAGAUAUCCACACACCCUGAGCUCUUUCAGUCGCACCAGAGAGGGUCGGGUUAUUGGGCUCUGAAGCGCUCAAGCCCGCUGGACAAGGAGGCAUCGAAGAGCAAGGAGGCCGAGGGGGAGAAGGACGUGCGAGGCGACAAGAGAGCCGAAAACAAAAACAAACGAAGGUCUGACUUGAAGGUACUGGGCGAGGAGGACGAGGAAAGCCAAGAGUACUUCAUCGAGGAGAUCCUGAGCAAGCGAAUACGGAAGGGGAGUGUGGAGUACUUCGUCAAGUGGGAAGGACUGGCCGAUGUCGAGAACUCGUGGGAGAAGGCGCAGGAUAUUGAGUGCUCGGAGCUCGUGCAGGACUUUGAGAGCGAGGCGCGGAAGAACCCCCUGUGGAAGGAGGGCUCCGGUCUCUGCUUGAAGCGGAAACGAGAGGAGUUGGACGAAAAGAGCGAGAAGAAGGCGCGGCGGCUGUCCAAGAAGCAAACGCGGAUCCCCGUCAGCCAGUGGUGCCACCAAUGCCUCCGACACAAGCCCGUCAUUAUGUGUUGCGAUGGAGUUGCGACUGGCAAGUGCGGGAUGCAAUACUGCGAGAGGUGUCUGGAGAAACACUAUGACGAAGAGAUCGUUGUACUUCAAAAGGCGAAGGGGGAGUGGAUGUGCCCCCGCUGUCGAGGAAUCUGCUGCUGUGCCGCCUGCGAUCCCGAGAAGGGCCAAGCCAAGCAACGACCGGAGGGCAAGGCGAAGAGAGGCGAGAAGGAGCCCGUCAUCUCGCGCAUCAUUGCUCGGUGCAAGAUCGAGGGCACGAACGAGUGGGAGUACCUCGUGCACUACAAGGGUCGUGCCGAGUCGGAGAAUCGUUGGGUGCGGUCUUCCCAAAUGGACCUCCCGCCCCACCUCAAGAAGCGCUACCGCAACACGCUCAAGAUGCGCGUCACCAAGAAGAACGUCAGAGAACCCCCCACGCCCGAGCCGAGACAGAGCCACAGCAAGACCGGAACGCCAGGCGGACGCACACGCACGCCCAAGGGACUGCGCACCAGCGAUUUUGAUAUCUCGCGCGUCGUGUUUGACGAUCAAGUACACCGGAUCUUUGUCCCCGAGAAGCCGGAGGUAGCGACCCCCGCCUGGCGCGUCGUGACGGACUCGCCCGCCCCCAACGGCGCUACAGCCCUCUACGGCGAGAAGCGAGAGUCCAACGGGGAUUCCAUCGCCACCAGUGUGGUGGAGGUCGAUGACGCACUCGUGUCGCUGCGCGACUUGGACGAAGGCUCGAGCAGCGAGGACACGUCCGACGAGGCCUUCACGCGCAGGCAUUCUCGCUACGAGACGGUGUACAAUGCUUCGGAGCCCAAGGCCAGGAGGCGGGGAAGCAUGACGAGCCGUAAGAGCUCGACCGGAAACAAGAAGGGCGGCGGCAGGAGGGACGGGGACGAACAGCACAGCUCCACGCCGACGCUGAGGCAGCCGCGCGACAGGCGAAACUCGCGGCUGGGCGUCGAGCGGCGACGGAGCGAUAGCCAGCUGGUGCACUAUGGCAGCGACGACCUGGCCAUCCCCGACGUGAUGCGGGUCGACCUGCAGGACGAAUCUUCGGCCUCGCUGGAUCAGAUGGACGUCGUCUCCACCACCACCUCCUCGGAGGCCGUCUCUACUUCCUCUUCCGCCUCCUCUGCUUCUGUCCCGCCAACGCCCACCCCGGCCACGCCCCUCACGGAGAUCUCGGCCACGUAG